UACCGCUGCCAGUUGGUCAACGGGCUGGAGGACGAGAGCGUUUCGCUGGCGCUGCACCUCGAAGGCGUCGUCUUCCCCUACCAGCCCAGCAGCGGGCGUUACAAAUUCAACUACCACGAAGCCAAGCGAGCGUGCGAGCAGCAGGACGCCCGCCUCGCCACCUACCAGCAGCUCUACAAAGCCUGGACCGAGGGUCUGGACUGGUGCAAUGCGGGCUGGGUCCUUGAUGGCACCGUCCACUACCCCAUCAUCAACUCACGGGAGCCCUGCGGCGGCCGCCUCCUCCUGCCCGGCAUCCGGACCUAUGGGGCCAGGGACAAGCAGAGGGACCGGUUCGAUGCCUUCUGCUUCACCUCUGCUGUUCAAGGCCAGGUCUACUUCAUCCGAGGCCACUUGAACUUCAAGGAAGCCAACCAAGCGUGCCGCAACCACGGGGCCGCCAUCGCCAAAGUGGGGCAGCUCUACUCGGCCUGGAAGUUCUCGCAGCUGGAUUGCUGUGACGGGGGGUGGCUGGCGGACGGCAGCGUGCGCUACCCCAUCGCCACCCCCCGCGAGCGCUGCGGGGGGCUGCCGGAC